GGGGCCUACCACUCCAGCCAACCUCGGGAGAAAAUGUCUGGAAUUCCGUUUCCGCUUUAGGGAGUGGACGGUGAUUUUUCCCCCCCUUUACUGUUUUUUAUUUUUAUUUAUUUAUUUUUUAACUUGACAUCAUAACCAUAUUUGGUUUCCUCGUCAACUCGGACAGUUUAGUGUCUGCUGUCCCGGAUUAAUUUACCCUCACGACGAUGGCUUCUUCGCCUCAGAAGUCCCCGUCCUCUCCGAAAUCUCCAACGCCCAAAUCCCCGUCCUCCAGAAAGAAAGAUGACUCUUUUCUGGGUAAACUUGGUGGAACUUUGGUAAGGAGGAAAAAGGCUAAAGAAGUGUCUGAGCUUCAGGAGGAAGGGAUAAAUGCCAUCAACCUUCCUCUCAGUCCUUCACACUAUGAGUUGGACCCUGAGGACACCAUGCUAGAGGAGAAUGAGGUGCGCACCAUGGUGGACCCCAACUCCAAAAAUGACAGCAAACUGCAGGAGCUCAUGAAGGUGCUGAUUGACUGGAUAAAUGAUGUUCUGGUGGGGGAGAGGAUCAUCGUGAAGGAUCUGGCUGAAGACCUGUAUGAUGGACAAGUACUGCAGAAACUAUUUGAAAAGCUGGAGGGAGAGAAACUGAACGUGGCUGAGGUGACCCAGUCGGAGAUCGCCCAGAAACAGAAGCUGCAGACCGUUUUAGAACGGAUCAACGACUCGCUCAAACUCUCUACCAGGAAUAUCCGCUGGAAUGUUGACUCGGUUCAUGCUAAGAGCAUCGUCGCCAUCCUCCACCUGCUGGUUGCGCUGUCGCAACACUUCAGAGCACCAAUCAGAUUGCCUGACCAUGUUUCCAUUCAAGUGGUGGUCGUCCAGAAAAGAGAGGGCAUCCUUCAGUCCAGGCAAAUUCAAGAGGAGAUUACCGGCAACACAGAGGCUUUCUCUGGCAGACAUGAACGUGAUGCUUUUGACACCCUGUUUGACCACGCUCCAGAUAAGCUAAAUGUUGUCAAAAAGGUAUUGAGGCUUCAUUGUGGUGUUGCAGACACAAUCAUGCAGAGUUGGAAAUUUUUUAUACUAAUCCAUGCAAUCAUUUUACUCCUAACACUAAUGAAUAAUGUUGUUGAUCGUAAUGAUUUACACAGAAAAUUUGAUUUAAGAAAACAAGCAGAUAAAAUGGUUGUGUUUUGGGUUUAAAUCAGAUUUUUUUUGUUGGUUUAAAUGCACAUAAUGUAAGAAUUUUAUAAAUCUUUAAGAAUCUGCUUGUGGGAUUUAAUGACUAUCUGAAUACCGACAUACUGAGUGAUUUUACUCACAGGUUCAUGGAUGUGACAGCUUGUACUGUUUACAUGCAACAAAAAAUUUGAUCACUACUUUAUUUCUGAAGUUAUAUAUAGCAUAAUCUGAUAUUUUUUAUUUGAUAACUGUUAUCUGAUUAUGAGAAAUUGGAUUAGUACACCUAGAUUUCUCCCCAAUACUCCCACAUCUUUAUGCAAUAGACCCAUAUAUCUGAUUUAGUUUGUUUACAUCUGCACAUGUGCAAAAGAUUUUUUAACUUCUUACAUUAAAAAGUCAGAAGCAGCAAUCAGAAUGCAAGCAGAAUACAAAAAAACAGCAUUUCAUCCAGCAGCAGGAAGUUGGAGUAUAAACGAAACUAAACAUACAUGUGCAGCCAGUUUUGCAGCUUAUUAGCCGCCACAUUAGCAGCUAAUGCUAAGACUGUGGGCGCCACCAUGUUUGAUAAAGACCAGAUGUUUUGAAAAUAACAGAAAGUUAAGUCACUACGCAUGUACGUACUUCAGAAGAAAUCAGGUAAUGAACUGGAAAUGUAAACAAGAUUUUUUUAAUAUUGCAUUUCAGACGUCAGAUCUGAUUUUUACAAUUAUCUGAUUUCUCCCAAUUAUCAGAUUGUAAUGGUCAUGUAAAUGUGAUCAUUGUCACAAACAAAUGGUUGGAUUAUUGGCCUUUAUAAUUAGUUUAGUUGCAAAACUCAAAUCUUUCGGGGGUCACUUUUGCAAAGCAGUUAAAUAAAUUAAAUUAAACUAAAUUAAAUUAAAAAUACUUAAUAAAUCCCAGAGAGAUAUUGAUCUGUUGUGAUACGACAUAUGUUGUUUUUCUUAUACAUGCUGUAAAACUAAUUGCUCCCAGGGGGAAAACAAAGGUCCUUGAAUCUUAAAUCUUGAGUUGUGAUGUUGUAGAAAGUUUGUUUGGUUUUGUUUUUUUGUUUUCUUUUAUUCAUUUAUUUAUUUGGUUAAUUUUAUGAGGCUUUGUUCUGAAGGGUAAUGGCUGCUGGCAGGAAUGAUCUCCUGUAUCUUUCUGUUUUGUAUUGGACUUGAUGAGGCCUCUCACUGCCCGUUGCCAUGGAAACUCAUAACAAAGGCUUGAAAGGGUCCAAAGUACACGGCAAAAAUACUUGAGGAGCACAGCUCUGAAUCAGUGUGAAAAAAUCUUGAAAAUUGACUUGACAGUGGUUGUCUUGGAAAAAGUCAACUGCAUUUUUAAAAUGAAGAUAGCAUAGUCAGACCUAACACAAUUUUGCUGCCACCUCGCGGCGCAUUGUAGCGUGGAAAUAUAAAGAUUAUAUCUUUAUCCUUGUUUUUCACUGAGGCUUUGUUGGAAAUCUACAAUGUCUGCAAAUAAACUGAAUCCAGUUUUGUUGUAGUUUAACAUCUUUGGGGAAGACACGAAGACUUAAAGAAUCUAAUGUCGUGCUGUUACAGAACAUGUCAAAUCUGCUAUUUUCCAUAUAUAUAUUUAUAUAUAUAUUUUUUAAUAUUGAACUUGAGCGAUGUGGUAGUUUUUAGCACUUAAACCAGACAGCAAGAAGGAUCCUAGUCUGAACCUCAGUUGGGGGCUUUUUGUGUUGAGUUUGCAUGUCCUACCUGUAGAUGUGUGGGUUCUCUCUGGGUUCUUCAGCUUCCUCCCACAGUACAAAUAAAUGCUUGUUAGAUCAAUGGGUGAAUCUAUGUUUGAGUGGUUGUUUGUCUCUGUGUGCUGGCCAGCGGCGGACUGGCGACCUAGCCAGGUUGUACCCUGCCUCUCAUCUAAUAUUCGCUGAUUAAUGGAAAUAUUGAACUUUUCAAGCAUUUUAUUACCCUGUUAUGAAUUGGUUUGAAAAUGAUGCAAAUCUUUGCAUUGUUUUUAUUCACAGCAUAUUUGUGCACAAUAUCCAUCUAAGACAUGCCUUUUCAUUUGUAGAUGUAUUUUAUGUUCAUUACCCACCCUGUUUGAGACAUUUUGCUGUUUUUUUUUUGU